AUGGCUGGUGAGAGUUUCAAGAAGGCCGGCAAUGCCUUGGCCAAAGGCAUGGGCAUUAAGGUCGCCUACCGUGACCCUAUGGGUGCCAAUGACCCCGUCACUCGCGGCGAGUCCGCUUUCUCUGUCGGUACUGUCGACACAUAUUCCUACAACGAGCCCGAGCCCACCAGUGUCGAAUGGAUCCGCGAAAUUACUCCCUCUUUCCGCGAAUUCGUCAACUAUCUCAUUUCAUUAUUCCCUUUCCUCAAUUGGAUUGGCCGCUACAAUAUGCAAUGGUUCCUGGGUGACCUAGUAGCUGGUAUCACUGUUGGUGCCGUCGUUAUUCCCCAGGGUAUGGCAUAUGCCAAACUGGCGGAGGUGCCAGUGCAGUUUGGUCUGUAUUCGUCCUUUAUGGGCGUUUUGGUCUAUUGGUUUUUUGCCACGUCCAAGGAUAUUACUAUCGGACCCGUGGCUGUUAUGUCCACAUUAACCGGCGAGAUUGUGCUUCAGGUCCAAGCCCAAUAUCCUGACGUUGAGACGCACGAGGUCGCUUCCUGUCUAGCUGUAAUUCUUGGUGGUAUUGUCUGCUUCCUGGGCCUUAUCCGCCUGGGAUUUAUUGUCGAUUUUAUUCCUCUUCCCGCCAUCUCUGCAUUCAUGACCGGUUCCGCUCUGAACAUUUGUUCUGGUCAGGUAUCGACUAUGCUGGGUGAGACCGCUGGGUUUUCCACUCGCGGUGCAACCUACCUGACCAUUAUCAACACCCUCAAAUAUCUACCCACUUCGACAAUCGAUGCCGCUAUGGGUGUGACAGCUUGUGCGAUGUUGUACAUUAUCCGCGCUGGCUGCACCUACGCUGCGAAGAAGUACCCAGCGAAGGCGAAGAUUUGGUUUUUCGUCUCUACCCUGCGGACCGUCUUCGUCAUUCUGUUUUACACCAUGAUCAGUGCCGCUGUGAACCUGCACCGUCUUCCUCGCGGUUUCCAGAAUGCUGCUGUGCCUGUUAUGGACCCCAAGAUCAUCCGUGCGUUCUCUGGUCAGCUUCCAGCUGCCGUUAUUGUCCUCUUGAUCGAGCAUAUCGCCAUUUCCAAAUCCUUCGGCCGUGUGAACAAUUAUACCAUUGAUCCAUCCCAGGAAUUCGUUGGUAUUGGUGUCACCAAUCUCCUUGGUCCUUUCCUUGGUGGCUACCCCGCGACCGGCUCUUUCUCACGUACUGCCAUCAAGUCCAAGGCUGGUGUGCGUACCCCACUGGGUGGUUGUAUCACCGCUAUUGUGGUGCUUCUCGCUAUCUACGCCCUCCCUGCCCUCUUCUUCUAUAUCCCUAAUGCAUCCCUUGCCGGUGUUAUCAUCCACGCUGUCGGUGAUCUGAUUACCCCUCCCAAUGUGGUGUACCAAUUCUGGCGUGUGGCUCCUCUUGAUGCAUUCAUCUUCCUCAUCGGAGUUAUCGUGACUGUCUUCUCGUCCAUCGAGGAUGGUAUCUACUGCACAAUCUGUGUAUCUAUUGCGGUUCUGCUCUUCCGCGUGGCUAAGGCUCGUGGUCACUUUCUCGGCCGUGUCACCAUCCACUCAGUUGUGGGUGACCACCUGCUGGAUGGCGAUGGCAAAUACGGGUCCUUCGGAGCGGCCAGAGAUCCUUCGGAUGACGAGGAGGAUCACACACGCUCCAUUUUUCUGCCCAUCAACCGCACCGAUGGUUCAAACCCCGAGGUCGAUAUCGAGCAGCCUCACCCCGGUAUCUUCAUCUACCGAUUCUCCGAGGGAUUCAACUAUCCCAACGCCAACCACUACACCGACAACUUGGUCAAGACCAUUUUCAACAGCACCCGACGUACCAACCCUCACGCAUUUGCCAGACCGGGAGACCGUCCUUGGAACGACGCGGGCCCGAAACGUGGCAAGGAGCCAGAAGACGCUCGGGAUCCCCGACCCCUCUUGCAAGCUAUCAUUCUCGACUUCUCUUCCGUCAACAAUGUUGAUACUACCUCGGUUCAAAAUCUGAUCGACGUGCGCAACCAGCUGGACCUGUUCGCCUCACCUCGCUCUGUACAGUGGCACUUCGCCCAUCUCAACAACCGCUGGACCAAGCGUGCACUCGCCGCUGCCGGCUUUGGAUACCCGACUCCCGCCUCAAACGAAGGCUUCCACCGCUGGAAGCCCAUUUUCAGCGUGGCUGAGAUCGAGGGUAGCUCCUCCGCGGCUGCCCACGCCGAGAUGAUGACCAACGAACGGACACACGGGGCACACGAGGAUCUGGAGGCUGGUAUCAAGGCCGACAACAAGUCUACCGAGCUCGAGACUGACCCUAUCGACGCUUCCUCUGAGGACAGCACUGUGAUCCGCGAAGACAAGCUUCAACGCGACUUGACUGACAGCAAGGCGUAUCGUUCCCGCCGCAAGGUCGCUCUGGUCCAGGGCAUGAACAGACCCUUCUUCCACAUCGAUCUGACCAGUGCUCUCCAAAGUGCCGUGGCCAACUCGUCCGAGGAAGUCCCAUUGUAA